ACAACGGCAUUGUUGCAUGUUUUGUGUAAAUAUUCUUUUCCGAUCACCUUUUUUGUGUUGGCAAAAUGAGUGGCAAGGCACAGCCAAAAAUUCUGUUAAAACCUCGACAGAAUGACGAGUCAGUGGCUGGUCCAUCCACAGCCACUCCCAGAAGAACACCAACCAUAUUGACGUCUUCGUCAACGGCGCCCGGAAGCACAUCGCACGAACAUCCACCGCAAGUUGCCAGUAGUUCCCGGACCGAUGAACAUAAGAAAAUUGCCGCUGCCUCAAAAGCAAACGCCGCUAAUGCUGCCCCAGAUCCGUACAGCUACGCUCCGAUGCAUAGUGCGCUACUGCUGUUGAGAAAUCACAAUGCAAUUAAUUAUCGCACGCUGGACUUUCUGCAUGAAUCCAAUCAGGAUUAUAUCGUAGUAGGGACGGUCGGUAUGCCGGGUGUCGGGAAAUCAACCAUUUUAAACAUGCUCAAUACAAACCUCUACUACCGGGACCAUGCCGAUGAAAAGACGGAUAGAAUAUUUCCUGUUCAUAGUACAAUCAAUUUAAAUGGAGAAAACGAAGUUAAAAUGUACAUUACCGACGAUAGACUGAUUCUGUUGGAUUGCUCUGAAUGCAUCUUCGGUCACACCAGGAAGGACUUUAUUCAGUAUGAACAGGAUGAACUCAAGAAAAUGAUGAUUCUGUUAAAAUCUUGCCAUGUGAUACUCGUCGUACAGGAGGAAUACUACAACAUUCGAUUAAUACGUACCCUAAUAUGGGCCGAAAUGAUGAUGCAAGUGCACUCCAAGCAACCAUCGAAACUUGUGUUCAUCAGAAACAAGGUCAAUCCUUGUAUCGUUUCAUCGCAAACGCGAAGUCAAGUAGAAAACCUGUAUAAAAACAUCUUCCGUAACUCGCCGUCCUUCAGCAUCACGCACGACACCUUAAUCGAAACCACCGGAAGUAAGCAGGAAGCGUUUAAUUACAUAGAAUUCCCUGCACUUAGAAAAGGCGAGACUGUCGACACCAACGACCAUCUGAAGGAAACUAUACUCUCUCUUCGCAAACUCGUGUAUGCCGGACGGGAGACGAUAAUGGUGAACAACUGUACGGAAAAGGCAUGGGGACAAGCGCUAGUCAAACUUGUCGAUUGCCAGGAAGGCAACUUCUUCAUAGACAAGUACGAGAAGCUAAAGGACAAGUACAACUUGCACAAUCAUGUAAAAAUCGUUGAACAUUCGUAUCGGGAUCCGUCUGGAUUGCAUUUUAUCGAAUAAAACGUUGUGCCCAUAAUUCUACUUAUG